AUGGCAGAGAGAGUGGGACAAGAGCAACAGCGUGAUUUCGAGGAACAGCAAAAGCUUCGGCGCGAACGUGCAACGCGACUUCAGACAUGGCCAAAGAUUUACGCUCCCAUUUACACCUGGACCAACACUGCUCGUCCCGAUAGGCCAUCCCCGGUAGAUGACGACCCAAGAGAUCCAAUGGACGAUGAACAAGACGAUUCGUCAAGGCAGAUACCCAGGGACCAGAUGGGCUGGCACGCACGGAUCAUGUUUACGUUGGCAGACGCUUUUGUGGAAGUUCUUAGCUUCCUCAUGUCUCCUGAAGCGUGGCUCAUCAAGGCAGUGCUGGCCGGCCUAGUGUCGUGCUUUCUUGCGUGGGCUUUCUACGCAGGAAUCUCCUCAUUUCCUGCUGGAGGCCUUGGUGGAAUACAUUGGUACGGACUGUCCGACAUUAGUCAUAACUUGGGUCAGUUCGUGCCGCUAUGGAUGGCGGCACCAUCCACCAUUUUUAGUGACAGAGAUACGAGGGAGCACUCUCGACAACAACGCGAGCACGAUUACGCAAUCAGAGAUCUGACAUUGGCCUCGGACCUUCAAAAACGUUCGAUUGAUAGACUCGAACAAAUUGUGCCAAAGGUUGUCCAUAUGACCCUGGACAAAGAUGGGCGGCCCAUCGUUGGAGAAGGCUUCUGGUAUGCCUUGCGAGACUUGAUGAAAGCCGACAAGGAAGUUUUGACCCUGGGUACAGCGAAGGGUGGCUAUCAUUUCAUCUCCGACGAACACUGGCGGGCGAUCAGAGAUAAGCUCAAAAAGGACCCCGAUUACCAAAAGGCGACCAACCCCCCUGAUCCAGGCGUCUCAGCUUCCGACGUCGAUAACAUUUUCCAGAACAAGCUUUCCAAGUCUUGGGAGGGGUGGCUGCGGAGCAACAACGAGAAGGUGGCUAAGAUUUUGGAGCCUGCCUUUGGCACCUCGAUUCCGGAUAAGAUCGAGAAAGACCUCGACCAGAAGAUCGAGAAGUAUGUGAAGGAUCUCAACAAGGACAAGGGAAUUACAGAUAUUGUGGUCACGCGGAAGGAGUUCAUUGGACACCUGAACAACGAACUUACCACUCAUCGCGCCGAGGUCAGGGCCGAAGCCGAGGAGUUAAAGAAGAACCUCGAGCAGUACAUCGCCCAGUCAGUCGACCUUGCCAUGAGCAAGGCCCCUCCUUCCGGCGUCUCCCGAACAGAGAUGAUACACAUUGUCGACGACAUGAUCCGCCAGGCGAUUGCAAAUGCCGGACUGGAGGCCCUUGCGAAGGGCACUAUCGGAGCAAACUGGAAUCAGGAACUUAGCCGCCAGGUCAACUAUCUCACAGUCGGUAGCGGUUCUAUCGUCGACAUCAAGCACACGUCGCCGAAUUACAAGCCGGAGUUCGUCGGGCCGAUAGGAUCUCCCGCCUGGCUGAAGAGCACGAGACGAAGCCCCUGGGUCUUACAACCCGCCAAGACCCAAACGCGCUGGGACGAUGAUGGCGAAUGCUGGUGCGGCCGGCCAACAGUAAGCAAAAAUGGGAAGCAUCUGGGCGUGUUUAUCUCCUACUUGCUCAGUCAUGAGAUUGUUCCACGACAUGUCGUCGUCGAGCAUAUCUUGCCCGGCGCCACCUUGAAUCCCGACGCCCGGCCUCAGGACAUUGAGAUCUGGGCGUACAUCUCAGAGAUCAACAUGCGCCAGCGCGUGGAGGACUUCUCGGCCAGUCAUUUCCCCGAACCAGACACGGCAUCACGCAAGAAGUGGUUGUCGGAUGGUUGGGUCAAGAUCGGCCAGUUCACGUACGAGAGCAACGACACCAUCAACGGAAUCUACGUCCACCAGCUCAGCCCUGAGUUGGUGAAGCUGGGAGCUUCGACAGAUCACAUCACCAUUCGUGCGGUGAACAACUAUGGCGCCGAUCACACCUGUAUUUACAGGGCACGUCUCUUUGGCGAGAGAUUGGUUUAA